GGUCCACGAAAACUUAACUACCCUGUCUUCCCAAUGGCCUUACCAGUUUAACUCACGCGGCCAUUUCUAUAGGGUUGACGGUGGUUCCUUGCUCUGGCUGCUCUCUCUAUUCAACGAAGGAGGGUGCCCGCCACGCUCCAAUUUAUACAUAAGCUUCUUCGGUCUCAGGCAGGCGCCAAAAAAGGAAUCUGAGAGAGAGCCCAGAAAAAAAACAAAGGACGCAUGCCGACCCUUACGAAGCUUUAUACGAUGCAAGAAGCCUCGCAGCACAACAGCAAAGAGGAUUGCUGGGUCGUCAUAGACGGCAAGGUAUAUGAUGUUACUUCUUAUUUGGAUGAGCACCCAGGAGGUGAUGAUGUAGUGCUUGCAUCGACAGGGAAAGACGCAACAGAUGAUUUUGAAGAUGCUGGACACAGCAAAAGUGCGAAAGAGCUCAUGCAGACCUUUUGCAUUGGUGAGCUUGACACAUCCUCCCCAAUCAUUCCAGAACUUGAAAUUUCCUCCAAGAAGGAAACAACUGAUUACUCUCAGAAGCUCAUGGGUUUGUCAAAGCAAUACUGGGCGGUUCCUGUGGCUGUUGUUGGCAUAUCUGUGGUGGUUGGGUUCUUAUACCUGCGUAGGAACUAAAGCAAUAUGAUUUUUCCCCUAUUGGUAGCUGAAAGGGAAAUGUUAACCCAAAUUUUGAAUAAAUAGGUGGAUAAGGAUUAAGAACAUUUAUUCAUUGUUAUUUUUAAAAUCUGAAGGUAGGGUUUGAUUAAUUGAUUACCUUCAUUAGUAAUACAUGCAUGCUAGCAUUGAAAAACAGGGAAAAUUCUAUACAUUAAUACAAGGGGGACAGGUUUUCGUUGUCAA